CAUUUAAAGACUGAAGGUCAGUUCUUAAAUAAAGUUUAAAUAAAUUAAUAAUGGUAAAAAAUUAUAAUUUACAAAUAGAAUUUUAGUUUUGGGGAAAACUGGUGUUAAAAAUAUUACUAGUGUUGUGAGGUAAAUGAACAACAAAUAAUGUAGAGGUGUAUUACAAUAUUUUAACGGAAUGUAUAAUAAAUAUUAAAACGGAAAUUUGAUUUAUUGUUAUUGAAUAAUUAAGUGACAAUGUUAAUAUAUAAUAUUACUUAAUUUAUUUGCAAAAAUUUAGUAAACAAAUAAUAAACAAAAAUUAUAAUACUUAACUUUACAAGCGAAAUAUUGCUGAAUAUAAAAUAAAGUUAAAAACACAUAUAAUCAUGGAAAACUGCUAUAAGAGAACUUGUGUAAUAUUUUAUUAUUUAAACAAUGUGACAACACUAUUAAAAUGAGUGUUCUAAUAAAAUAUAAAACGGUAAAAAUCAUAAACCCAUAAUUAUUUCAAAACAUACAUAUUAAUUUUAGUGAUCAGACGAAAGCAAGAAAAACUUUCAAAAUGAAUGAAGAAGACUCACACAGUCUUGCUAAUAUUAAUAUGAACACUACAUCACUAACAUAUAGCGUACCUGGUUUGGACAUAGGAAGUGGAAAUAUAAUUUAUACAUCAAUUAGUCAGUUUUUAUCAACGAUUACACCAUAUGAUUUGCCACUUAAUUUGGUUAGAGACGCUUUGCAUUCAAACCUUACUUUAAUAGAUUUUGCUGCUAAGUCAUUACAAAUUGAAUCAGGUUUUAUUGUCAUAAUGACAUUAUUAGUUAUAAUGGCAUUUAUACCAUUUUGUUCAACAAUUGCAUGGUGCUGUAAAAAACGUUCUGAAGAUCAACUUUAUAAUACUGAAGAACCAAUAAAUCCAUUAAUGUUAAUAGAUGAUACAUUAGAAAAUUCAAUACACUGCCAACGUAGGGCAUCAAUUUUCAUUAUAUUUUUAUUAUUUUUAAUUUUAAUAACUUGUGAUAUUGCUCUAUUUAUGACAAAUAGUCAACUAUCAAAAACAAUUGAUAUGGCACCAGAAGUAAUAGAAGCAUCAAUUUAUGACACAACAGUAUUUUUAAAGAAUACUCACACUCAAAUAAAAUAUCAAUUAGAUAAUGGUUUAGAUAUUGCCAUAGAGAAUAUUACAAAAGAUUUACAUGAUAUUGACGUACUACUCGGAGAACCAAUUAAAUAUGAAGUAAUUGCACAUACAGGAAUUGAAUUGGCUUUUGAUAGUUUGCAAAGUAUUAGUAUGGCAAAUACAGAACUGAUAACAAGAAUUCAAUUACUACAAGAUUCAAUUGGUAAAGCACUAAAAAUAUCUCAAGAGGCUGCUGCUCGUAUGGAAGAAUUACAAAUUCAAUUAUCCGUUUUACAAAGACAAUGUACAUUUCGAGAUCGACCACUUUGUGAUACAUUAAGGAUACGAAGUUUUGAAGAAAAUGGAAUUAUUGAUGCAUUAAAAUCAUUACAAGAAGAUCAAAAUAUUUUCCGUAUGAAAUAUUUAGGAGAGUUAGAAUCUGGUACUCAAGUACAAAAUUUAUCAAAUGAAGUGGCAAUAUCUAGAUCAAUAUUUGGAAAUUAUCCUGAACAAUUAAAGCGUGAUACAGCAAUACAACGAAAUGAAACACUCGAUCAAUUAAAAAAUAUAAAGUAUAAAACAACAGCAAAUGCUCAUCUUUUAACACGUACUAUCGUAUCAUUAUUGGAUGAACUGACCGGUACCUGGGAAUCAAUUGAACCACAUUAUAAAGAUUUACAAUCAUGGGAAGAUAAAUUUUGGAAAAUGACAUGGGCAAUUGCAUUAUUAAUUGUAUGGAUUUUAGUAUUUAUGAGUUUAACAUUUUGCUGCUUUUUAUGUGAAUCACGUGUUAAAGCAGCUGUUAUAAUGGUUACUUGCGUUAUUAUAAUAUGUGUUGGCAGUUUUCUAUUAAUGAUAUUUGGUGUAAUAACAAUGGCCGUUGGUGGUAACACAGAAAUAUUUUUAUGUCAACCAUUAUUUGAUGAAAGAAAUGAAUAUGAAUUUUUGGGUAAAUUAUUUGAUAAACCUGGUUAUGUAUAUGAAACUGAAAAGAAACAUGGCAUAAUAGCUGAUCUUUUGAAACCAAAAGAAAAUAAUAAAACAUUUGUUAACGUUAAAUUAACAACAGCAAUAAUGGAAUGCGAACAAAAUAAGCCCUCUUUUAAAGUAUUUCAAUUGGAUGCAUUUGUUGAUACGGAUACAAGUCCAAAAGUAACAAAACAAUAUGAAAGUGUAAAUAAUGCAGUUAAUAAUAUACGUGUUUCUGAGAAAACAUUGUUGACUUUAACACAUUCAAUACAAAAGAUACUUGAAAGUAUGUUACAAACAUCUGAUUUGAAUUCAACAACAUAUCGUGCUAAUAUUGCCCAACCAACACCGGAGAAAGAUUUAGCAACAUUUAUUGAUCAAAUGCAAAGAGUUGCAUUACAGAUACAAGAUGUCGCCACUUCAGCUCGUAUGACAACUCUCGGUAGUCGUGCAAAACGUUUGCAAGCUUCAAUACUACAACCGUUGGAAUUAUUACGUAAUGAAAUUUUGUAUCAUUUAACGGCAUUAGAAUUACAGAGAGAUCCAUGGCAAAAGCAAGUUAACCAAACUUUAAUACAUUUGAGAAAUAUUCAGGGAUAUUUAGAAGCAACAGCAGCUGAAAUAUGUCAGAAUCAAACUAACAUUUAUAGAAAACGACUGAAGUCAUAUCUGGCAUUAGACAAAGGAGCGGUUUCAUAUAGUUCAUUAGGAGAGAAAACAGCAAUGUGCCGUCCACUUUUUGAUAUUUUCGAUGCUAAUCGAAAUUUUCUAUGUCGAAAUAUUGUCGAUUCAAUUAACGGAAUUUGGUUUUGUGCAUUUUUAUCUUUGUUUUGUUGGGCAAUUGGUACACCAUUAGCAUUGAAUAUAAUUUCAUUACAUUAUAGAUUAAUAGCCAUCAAUCAAGUGAAAGGAUCAAAUGCACAUUUAACAAGAUCUGAUACUAUGUAUACAAAUCGUUUAAAUAGUUGGGGUCUUCAAGAUCAAAGACCCCCAGUUCCGCCAGUACCUCCACCGGUUCCUUAUAUGAAUAGGCAGGACAGUGUUCGAAGUGUCCGAUGGGAAACUACCGAAAAUAUGUCUUUUGAAGAAGUAGAUGCUGGAAAUCCAAUUAUAAUGGUCGAAAAUAAUUUAGUUUAAUAAUAAAAAUAAAUAACAUUGAUUUACAUGAAAUUUAAUUUAAUCACUUAUCAUAAUUAUUUCGCGACACUUAUAUUUAUAUAUUGUGUGUUAUAAGAGACAUAUAGUUUAAAAUUAAUUUAAGUCAAAACAUUUGCUUUAAGAAAAAAAAUAUACCUACAUAAAUAUAUCACAUAUGUAUAUAUGUUUGUAUCUGUAUAUGAGAAGCCCCAUUAUUUGCCACAUAGAUCAUUCACUUUAUUUUAUUUAAUAAUAAAUUGAAGGCGCUUCAAUGCGAAUUUAUUUUAAUUAAUUAACAAUAAACCAAAAAAAACUGUUUCAAUCCUAAAAAAGAAAUUGGGGUACAAUAUUGAUUAUACAUUAAUUAUUCAUUAAAUAUAAAAAUUUAAAAAUAGGUUUUUUCUCAAUAACGAAAAUAAUUUAAGGUAAGUGUCCCUAUUACUGACAUAUUUCGCAACAAAUUCAACUUUGGCGUGAGAUAUUUUAUAUGUGGGACACAAUAAAUGAUCGUAUUUUCGAUUUUUUGAAUAAUUUGGAUAAUUGGGAAUAAUGUUUUUUAUAAAAUUAUUUAAUCAAAAUAUUUUUUAAUUCAUAAUUUUUCGAUUAAAGACGAAGAGAAAAAAUGUUCCUAAUAUUGACAUAACCGCAAAUGUUUGCGUCUAUUACUGACAGUUUGUGUACCUAAUACUGACAAUGUAAUUUUAUAUGCUGUAAUCCAUAUUCUAUAUAUGAAUAAUGGUUUAAAAUGGUUAAAAUGAUAAUAUUCAAUAAAAAUGGAAUAAUAAUUUGGAUUUCUACGGAUAUUUCAUUUUAUUUAAAAAAAAAAUUAAAAAUUAAUCAUAUUAUAAUUCAAACAAAAAUAAAAAAAAUAUUUUUUAUUGAAUUAAAGGUAAAAAUAUGUGAAAUUCAGCUGAUUUGAAUUUAUUAUUACUGUAGAAUGUACUUUUGCUAGUAGUCUUAAUAUGCAACAAUGAAUAAAUAAAAAUUUUUAAAAGAUAUUUAUGAAAAUCUAAUUCGAAAUUAUAUAAUUUUUUAUAAAGUAUUAUAAGUAAUAUUUGCUACAGAUGUAUUCUUAUAAAUAAUACCUAAAAUAUGAUGUACCGAUCACACGAAAUUAUAAGAAAUCAUAUCAAUAUAUUCUAAAGCUGCUAAUAAGCCUAUUCUAAAGCUGCUUUUUGCUUUAACAAAGACUAUUUAUGUAUUAAGUACGUAACGAGAGCAACCCAUUCUUAAUUUUUGGAACAACAUUUCGGGUUAUUAAAAAGGACUCCUUUUCUUAUUUAAAAAGAACCAUUUCCGUUGUGAUAUUUGUUAUGACGUUAACGUUUACAGUAAUUUCAAAGCAUUUUUUUAGAAAGCGAAUUGUACUGUUUUAUUGACAGUAUUGUAUACAAUAUUGACACACAAUUUGUUAGACGAAUAUCACUAUUAAAAAGGUAAAAAGGUCGCAGUCAGAUAUAAGUUUUCACAAAUGUAAUCGAUUUUCAUUCGACAGAAAUAGUUUAAACAAUUUUAAAGUAUAAAGAAAUUAUGUUUAUUAAUUAAAAUGAAUAUCAAAAUUAAAACUUUAUACUGACAUAAUUUUGUACAUAAUAUUGACCCUCUUUAGAUCGUAUUACCGACACCCGUUUUUAAAGCUAAAAUACUCCGAACCUGUAGUAAAUUCUUAGUGUCAGAAUUCGGACAUUAGAAAGAAAAUUCAAAUUCGAUUUUAAUUAAAUAAAUACGAAAAUAAAAAUUUAAAUGUUCUAAAAAUGACGACAUUUGUAAAAAUACGGAUUUUUGACGUAUUACUGACACAUAUGUCAGUAAUAGAAGCAGGGUCGAAUUUUAGAUGUUCCUAAUACUGAUAGGAAUUAUUUUUUAAAAUUCUUAUUUAUUUAACGUUUUUACUCCGAAUAACUUAGAAAAUAAGAUAAAGAAUAAUCAAAAUAUUUAAUUUAAUAUAAAUACAUAUAUUUUUAACCGUCAAAUAAGUCAAAAAACAAUAAAAACAAAAUCGGAAAAAUUAAGCAAAAAGUAUAAGAAAUUCUCCAAUGCAACCCACUUUUGCUAUGUCUAUGGAAACAAAACUGAUUUAUGUUCAAUAUUUUGGAGUUAUUUCAAAACUAAAUAAAAGGAAGGAUUGCGAUAAUUUGAAUUAAUCUAGAAAUAAAAAAAUAUAUAUAUGUUGUAUAGAGAAAAUCUCUUAAUAAUUAUAAAAAACCUCAUGUAUGUCAGUAUUACCGCCACUGUCAGUAUUAGCUACACUUACCUUAUUAUGAAAUUAAUAUUUUUCUUAAAAUUUUUAAAUUUAUGAUUUUUUAUAAUUAAGCAAAUCAAUUAAUUAACAUAUACAUAUACCUAUGUGUGUAUAAAUAUAAAUGUAAUAUAGAUUUAAUAAAGUUUUUUUUG